UCUACGCUCUUGCUUUGAAUACACAGGGAAAAGAAAACAAACUGGAGGCUGGCUUGACUGCAAGUCUCGAAUUGGAGGCUGGCUAGACACAAGUUCGGUUUUGCGCUAUACAAAUCAGCCCUCUUAACACUGUGGCCUUUCCAGGUGAAAGAAACGAUAGUGAUCACAAUGAGGGUGUUCUGCUGCUGUACUGCUUUCCUGCUGCUCAUCCUUAUUCCCACAGCCUGUGAAGGAGGCAACAUUUUAGUCUUUCCCUCUGAAGGCAGCCACUGGGUAAACAUGAACAUUCUACUAAAAGCUUUACACUCCAGAGGACACAACAUCACUGUUUUACGUCCCAGCAACAGCUGGUACAUAAAAGAUGACUCAUCCUAUAAUACCAUUACAGUUCUAGUGGAGAAUCUCUUGGAUCAGAAGUUCAUCACAAGACUUGUGUCUGACUCCAUACAAUUUGAACGAGGGGCCCUCCCCUUGAUGAGUUUUCUUCAAAUGAGUGGAGGGAUGAUCAGCUUAAUUGUUGAUUUUCAUAAAGCUGUAGCUAAUUUUGUAUCUGCAAUACUAGAUGACAAUGACUUAAUAAGAAAACUAAAAGACAGCAAGUUUGACCUGUUGCUUGCUGACCCCUGCUGGGGUGGUGGAGUCAUUGUAGCCAAAUAUUUGAACCUUCCUUUGGUUUAUAAUGUUCGCUGGGUAUUAGGUACAGAGGCUCAUUUUUCCAUAGCCCCGUCACCAUUAUCUUACAUUCCUGUGACUGGAACUGGCAAUACUGUCGAGAUGACCUUUUUUCAGAGAGUUAAAAACAUGGUUUUACACAUUAUAACUCAAACACAGAACAGCCUGGCGUUUAAACUAGUAUACCAGAAAACAGCUGACAAAUAUCUUGGGCCUGGUUAUGAUUUUAAUGAGUUAAUGACCGAUGCAGACAUUUGGCUGAUGAGAGUGGACUUUGUGUUUGAGUACCCACGGCCCACAAUGCCUAAUGUUGUUUAUAUCGGAGGGUUCCAAAACAUGGAAAGCCUGAGGCAGGGAGAUGGAACAGGUAUCAACAACAGAUGUGACCCUGAUCAAAUUGAUACCGUUAUGCACUUUGCCUUACAAGGGUCUACUGAGGCAAUGGGCAAUAGUGCCUUUUGCAUGGUGGCUCAGCUCCUCCCCUCUGGAGAGUACAAAUACACACAUGUCACGUUCAACAUACUGGUGCUUUGA